AUGUUGCUAAGCAUGGAUGUCAUGAAGGUGCGGGAUUGGACCUAUCUUGAGGACCCCCCUCAAGAUAUUGGCCCAGCUCGACAUCUUCUUGAGGUUUACAGCAAGAUUCCUUAUAGCGAUCUAGAUGGCCACAUACGCCGCGUCCGAGAGAAGGCCUGGUGUAUCUCACAGUACCCUUGCGUUGGGCGAUGGAAAUUUCUCUACAUCCCGGAUCCCAAAGAUCCUCGCUACCAACAGGCUCUUUUCCGCCUCAACGUCGCCGGCUCUAGAGAUGUCCUUCUUGAUCUGGGAUGUGGGGUUGGACAAGUAAUUCGGCAGUUUCGUGCAGAUGGAGUUGACGGCGCUCAACUCAUUGGCACCGACCUGCAGUCCAAGUUCAUCGAUAUUGGCUACGAUUUGUUCCAGGACAGGCAUUCUCUCGGCGCAACAUUUAUUGCGGGCGAUAUGCUCGAUCCCGCCGACAAGGAAAUGGCUUUGUUGCGUGGCAAGAUCACCAUGGUUCACGCAGGCAGCUUCUUUCACCUCUUCAACUGGGUUCAACAACUUUACAUUGGCAAGCGUGUCGUCGAAUUCCUUAAGCCCGGCACCAAAAAUGCGCUGAUAUAUGGUCGCCAGGUCGGCACGAACCAUCCAGGGCCGUCUUCGACUAGCACGCGAUCAGCUUAUUUACACGACCAAGCGAGUUUCCAGCGACUAUGGGACGAAGUCGGAGCCCUCACCAAGACACGAUGGCAGGUGCAGGUCGAACCUACUGGAGAGCCUGUCUCUAAAGUCCCUGGAUUCAGCAAUCACGCAUUCCCCGUCAAUUUUACCGUCUAUCAAGUUUCAUGA